UGGGCACGAAGAACAGGUGCUGCAGGAUGACGACGAGAGUGAGGAGGAGAUUGAUGUCGAUGAGCUUGAGCGGAGGAUGUGGAGGGACCGAAUCCGGUUGAGGCGGCUGAAGGAGCAGAAUAAGGCCAAGGAGAACGGAGACAUCGCCAAGCAGAGGCAGCCGCCGGAGAAGGCACGGCGGAAGAAGAUGUCCAGGGCGCAGAAGUAUCAGGCGGAGAACGCUAUUCCCGAAAGCCCGGCCAUGGUCUCUACACCUCAGACUCUUCAGGAGCUACAGGACACCACGCUGGGGUCUCUGUUGUCUCCCCUUAUGCAGCAGUGCAAACCGCCUCAGAGGCGGUUCCCGCUGGAGAAAGGGUUAGCUCCACCGUGGUGGCCGACCGGCAAGGAGGAUUGGUGGCCUCAGUUGGGGCUGCGGAAGGACCAGGGUCCUCCCCCUUACAAGAAGCCUCACAACCUCAAGAAGGCAUGGAAGGUUGGUGUGCUCACUGCUGUGAUAAAGCACAUCUCUCCGGACAUGGACAAGAUCCGGAGGCUUGUUCGGCAGUCAAAAUGCCUGCAGGACAAGAUGACAGCAAAGGAAAGUUCUACGUGGUCGGCUAUGAAAGAAACCCCUCUUUUGAGAGCUGUGCUUCUGAGAACAGGACCCUGUUCUUGGGGAAAAACAGUGUAGCAGUAUGUACUGUAGAGACAUUUACUGUUGAAAUUAAAUCUGCAUCACUCAACACUGAUAUGAGCAUUUACUCAUGUUGAAGUUCCAUUUGA